AUGUUUUAUCAAUCAUCAAUAUCUAACCCAUACACGGCUCAAAUGAUUGUUAUUGAUUCGGUUUCCUGGAAUUUAUCAAUAUUAAUGCCCGUACAAUAUCCGCCGCGGUCCGAGACCCGUAUAAAAGCCCUAUCACAGUCAGGAUUUAACAUUCACAGUUCACUGUGCAGCAUAACCAUACACCUCGAAAUGGCAGCUAAGUUCGUCGUACUCGCUUUAUUGGUAGCUGCCGCCCAAGGCAGUGCCAUCCAUGGAGGUGACUACUCCAGCUUCUCCUAUGGUGUAGCGGACCCCCACACCGGUGACGUCAAGAGCCAGCACGAGACCCGCCACGGUGACAACGUGGUCGGCCAGUACUCUCUCCUGGAAUCUGAUGGCACCCGCCGGACAGUAGACUACGCUGCUGACGCCCACAACGGUUUCAACGCUAUCGUACGCAAGGACCCAGCUCUCAUCGGACACGUUGCCCACGCCGCUCCAGUCGUGGCUGCCCCAGUCGCCCACGCUGCUCCCUUGGCUUACGCUGCCCAUGCUGCCCCAGUCGCGGUUGCUGGACCCUCUGUGUCAUACUCUUCACACUCAACCUCAGUGAACCACGGAGGUGUAGCUGUCGCCGCUCCUCUUGCCUACGCUGCCCCAUUAGCGCAUGGUGCCUACGCUGCCCCCUUAGCGCAUGGUGCCUACGCUGCCCCCUUAGCCCAUGGUGCCUACGCUGCCCCCUUAGCCCAUGGUGCCUACGCUGCCCCCUUAGCGCAUGGAUACGGAGGACUUUCCCACGGUUACGCUGGUCUUGCCCACGGUGCCGCAUACGGCGCUCAUGGUCUCGGCUUACAUUACUAG